AUGAAGCUCCAAUCAAUUGCCCUCGUUGCCGCCUCUUUGGUCUCCGUUGCCGCCGCCGAUGACCUCGCCAGCAUCCUCGCCUCUGCCAACGCUCUUGCAUCUUCCAUUGAUGCUUCCAACGGUGCCUUCUACAGUCUGUACUAUGCUGAAUUGUCCAGUUUUGCCCAGCAAUUCACCACCGGCUACUACGGCGCCAUCAACUCGUUCUAUCAGAGAUCUGAUGUUGCCUCUGCUAUUUCGGGCUUGGACACCAUCACUGCUGAUGAUGCCUUCAACUCAUACUUGCAGAGUUUCAACUCAAAGUACUAUACUGAGCUCUCGUCCAUCUACUCUCAGUACAGCAUUCUGCUUGUUCCUGAUCUCACUGAUGAUGGAAGUGUGACUGCUGCCACUCAAACUGCUUCCCCAUCUAAUGGCGUUUCUGGAUCCGCAUCCACUACUGCUGGUUCUGAAUCUAAGUCAAAGUCUGACGGUUCUUCUGCUGCCUCUGGUUCUGCUUCCCAUUCUGGCUCGCAUUCUGGUUCUUCUGCUGCCUCUGCCACCUCUGGCGCUUCUUCCUCUUCUGCUCCAGCUUCCUCAUCCUCUUCCAAAGCCGGUGUUGCCGCUCAGACGAAGCCAUUGAUGGCAUUGACUGGACUUUUCGGUGCCCUCUCCGUUCUCUUGUUGUAA